CGACGGGACAGGAAACUGAGCGUUUGUUUGUAGCCCAGGGGUCUUGGGUUUCAACGAUCUCGUCAGCGUCGUCGUCGUUGAGUUCUCUCCGCAGUCUUCAGGUAUCAAGGGUCCACCCCUGGGGCGGACUUUGUUGAGGCCUCCAAGUCCUCGCCUGUCUCUGAAGAGGAGCCGGGGCUCAGCCUUCACCUCCGGGCCCGCUCGCCGGUGAAGGCGGCAGACAGGAUGGAGUUCAAGCUGGAGGCUCACCGCAUCGUCAGCAUCUCCCUGGGCAAGAUCUACAACUCGCGGGUCCAGCGCGGCGGCAUCAAGCUGCACAAGAAUCUGCUGGUCUCACUGGUGCUGCGCAGCGCCCGCCAGGUCUACCUGAGCGACCCGUGCCCUGGUCUCUACCUGGCUGGUCCCGCUGGGACCCCACCGCAGCUGCCUGCGGAGCUGGCGGCCGGGCCCCCGGCGGGUUGGGGGGAGCCGCCCCCGCCGUCCGUCCCCGCCGCCUGGCCAGAGAGCGAGCCGCAGCCUGAACACCGCGCGAUACCAGACGUGCCUCAGGCGGGUGACUUGGAGCCCGAGGCUACCCUGACCAGCGCCAGGAACAUUCUUCAGAGCAGAGAAGUGGCGGCCGGGGGAGCCGGGGACUCAGCCGGACGCUCGGACGUCUUCCCCGAGGGUUCCCGGGCGGCGCGCCACUAUUGCGGCUGCCUUCCUGGUGGAGAGGAGAAGCCGGGGCCGCUGGGCGCCUCUCCCCUCGGUGACUGCUGCUGCGCGGAGGACAAGCCCCCGGUGCCGCCCCCGGUCUGCCCCAGGAAGCGUAGCGCGGCCCGGGUGGGCUGCUGUGGCCCCGCGGGUUGCCCCGGCUCGACCCCUCUGAAGAAGCCCCGCUGGGACUUGGAGGAGCAGCCUGGCAGGAUGGAGGAAGAGGAGGAGAUGGAGACCGGGAACGUGGCUAACCUCAUUAGCAUCUUCGGUUCCAGCUUCUCAGGACUCUUACGAAAAAGCCCCGGGGGCGGCCCGGAGGAAGCCGAGGGCGAGGAGAGCAAUCCGGAAGCUGCCGAGCCCGGGCAGAUCUGCUGCGAUAAGCCGGUGCUGAGAGACAUGAACCCCUGGAGCACAGCCAUCGUGGCCUUCUGAGCCCCGGUCAGUCGCCUUGUGGGCAGGAGGUUGAGCAGCGGGCGUGGACGCGAGUGCCGGGCCUCUCCUGGCUGCGAAGAGGCCGCCGAGACCGUAGGCGCUGAGCGCGUUAGGAAGACUGGGUGCCGCGGGGCGGCAGGGACUGCCCUUGGCCUUGGUGGCCCUGCUAUGUUGGCCUCUCUUGAGACUUGGGAGUGUGAGGCUUAUCGGAAGAGGACUAUUGUUAAAUUGUGUGUUUGUUUAUGUAAGUUUGUCUUGUGAAUUAAGACUAUUUUGUCCUUCUGGAAUGCAUCACCCCUUCCCCAGGGUUUGGGAGCCUGGGGGCAGACAGGGACUUUCCUUUACCAGCAGCACCGAGAAGGAAGCCGCUAAAAGGACCGGGGAGUUCCCCAUUCGUUCUUGAGGCAGGAAGGGACUUUACACACACACCCUUCACAUGAAAGCUAGAACCGUACCGGGGCCAGGAGUGGCGUUUCCUCGCAGGAUUUUAUAAGGCUGGAGUGAUUUAGCCCGGGGUAGAGACUUCUAUUAUUUCUUUCCCUGCCCACCUUUCUCUCACUGAAGAAACGUUUAAACCCUGUGAUUACUCUGGGAAAGGGGAAUCUUAGGGGCCCUUGUCUUCCCCACAGGGAAAAAAGCUUGAUGAACUUCACAGAAGAGUUCAAGCUUAGAAAUAUGGAAUUUAUAAAGAAAAGAUAUAUAUUUUAAAAGCUCUAGCUCAGAACUACUACACAGUGCUUUUUAAAAGUGUUUAAUGAAACAAAGUUUACAGACAGAACCCCUAAGUGGAAAGACCUUAUGGUUUUGUAGAUACGGUGACUCCAGUCUUUGUUGUAUAAAGGUUGGGGGAACUGACAAGGUUUUUGUACAGUAUUUUCUCCUUCGUUGUAUUGAUUUUUGUAUAAAAAUGUAACUCUACGUGUCCAACACGUAUUAAAUAUU